GCUUUAAAAGACGACCCUACUCCCAUUCUCUCCACACGGACGGUUCUACAAAAGACAGCAGUGUCCGAGGCCACCUUUCAAAUUUCUUUUUAAAGAAACAAAACUCUCGGUCUUUGACGGUUUCAAUUUCAGCCUCGACACCAGCACCGUUCAGUAGCAAUGACAGAGGCUAGCAGUGAUGACUUGUUUCUGCCUGCCUGCCAUGACGAGGCGCUGGUUGACAACCUGCUCUCCAGCGAGGAACCAGAUGGAGGUGAAGAUAUUUCCCUGGUCAAAGCACUCCUCCCUGUCCUGGACUCUCCCUUCCCCCUCAUCCCGUGGGUGUGCUCCACCCGUUACAAGACGGAACUGUGCAGCCGCUAUGCCUCCUCUGGUGUCUGCCAGUAUGCCGAGCGCUGCCAGUUCGCCCACGGCAUCCAUGACCUCCGCGUUCCCUCCCGCCACCCCAAGUACAAAACGGAGCUCUGCCGCAGUUUCCACACAGCCGGCCACUGCUGCUAUGGAAGCCGCUGCCUCUUCGUCCACGGCCCCACUGAGCAACGCCCUGCCCCGCGUGGCCGCAGGAACAUACCCUGCCGCAACUACCGCACUUUUGGCGUCUGCCCCUAUGGCACACGCUGCAGCUUCCUGCAUGUGGAUGACAAUGAGGCCAGCAGGAGCACGUCUGAGUCAAUGGACGGCGGUGACAAGACUAGAGUGCAACAACCGGGCAGGGAAUGGAAGCCCAGAGGCGCCCUGUGCCGCACCUUCAGUUCAUUCGGCUUCUGCCUGUACGGAACACGCUGCCACUUCCAACACGGCCUCCCCAACAAAGUGAGAAGCUCAAAGCACAGCUUCGCCUCUCAGCUGUCACCAGGCAGCGACGGCCUGUCAUCCCCCACGUCCCCAUUCGCCUUUUCCAGCUCCUCCACGCCAUCGUCUCCGUCCUCGACCUCCCCGUUGGCGACGCCACCGGCAGAGGUCACGGCCCACAACGCGUUCACUUUCUCCAGCCAGCACCUGAGCAACCUGCUGCUACCGCUGGCUCUUCACCUGCAGCAGCUGGAGGGCAGCAAGGCCCACGACCUGUGGGACAAGUGUGACUGAAUGUGGCGAGAACCAGGAGAGCGCUCGACACUGCAGCUGAAGUUUUAGUUUUUAACCUUUUUUCUAUCAUGGAAUCUAAACUUUUAUGUAAUUUUUUUUUUAUACCUGUUUAAUUUUUAGUCAAGCGCACAAUUCUGCAUCACUACAGCUAUGAGUGUAACUUAAUUUUUAAACUAUUGUACAUACUUUUAUUAAUGAAGUGAGAGAUGCCUGACUCGGUAUAAUAAACUAAUUUUAAAACUA